CGGGCGGACAGCAUGAUGGACACAAAUCCAAUAUACCCAUCUCACUUUGUACGUGAAUAUUGGGGUCACACAAUGGGUAUUGAAGGCCUAGGACCGACUGGACUGCAAUUAAAUUUAGGAUAUCCUGGUAUCGGGAUAUUUCUGAACUGUCCACUGUGUGACUCUUCCGUCUACUCCUACUGCUCGAGCAAGGUGGAACAUGAUGCUUGUUGUUGUAUUAUUCCAGGACAUCAGUUGCAUCCCACUCAAUGCGCAAUCUAUAACUGCUCACUUUUGUACGCGAAGUCCUGCUAUGAACAUGCUCUUAUUAAGAAUUGCUGUUGUGAAAAUCGAUACUAGAUAUGUAUGCACAUACAUACAUAUGCUACGCAAAAUUUUCAACAUUUAUGUACUAAAUUAUUUAUAAAGUUUUUAAAAUAAAAACAUCUAUGAAAGGUGUACUCGAAACAG